GGAUGCCAGCUCGCUCCGAACGGUUACGGCUCUUCCCCACCCCCAUUUCCACGACCUAUUUCCCAAUUCCCCCUCUUCCGUCUCGAUUCGAUCUUUCCAAUCUGUUCGUCUGGUGAUUAGAGACGGUUCCUCGUCAGUUUUGAUCGAUGGAAGCCGCUACGAGCCUUCAGUCUUUUCGAUUCCUCUGCAAAGCUCCCGGAUUUGGCCCGAGAUCGUGCGUCUUGGCGGCCCACCGGUCCAGUUUUCUCUUCUUUGAUCCCAAGCCUCAUCUCUCCACCCGGGGGCUCAAGGUUUUUGAUGGCUAUUGUCCGAUAUCUCUGUCAAAGCAAGGACAACGACGAAUUGGUGCUCGGAGGAGUACUAUUGUUAGGGCAUCGUCGUCCUCCCCCUCCUCGGACCCGAUCGCUCCUCUCCAGCUGGAGUCGCCGAUCGGGCAAUUUCUGUCUCAGAUCCUCGUCAGCCAUCCUCAUCUCCUGCCUGCGGCCGUCGAUCAGCAGCUCGAGCAGCUUCAGACUGACCGUGAGGCCGCGAAGAACAAAGAGGAACCUACCCCUGCGGACACCGACAUAGUUCUGUACAGGAGGAUUGCGGAGGUGAAAGCUAACGAGAGGAGAAGGGCUCUAGAGGAGAUAUUGUAUGCACUGGUCGUCCAAAAGUUUGUCGAAGCUGAUGUUUCCUUGGUUCCUGCUAUAUGUCAAUCGGCCGACCCUUCCGGGAAGGUCGAUCAGUGGCCACCGGAGGAUGAGAAACUCGAAAGGUUGCAUUCUGCUGAGGCUUAUGAGAUGAUCAAGAACCACCUGGCUCUUAUACUGGGGCAGCGGACGAGUGACACAAACUUGGUGGCGCCUAUCAGCAAGCUUAGAGUUGGUCAGGUGUAUGCUGCUUCUGUAAUGUAUGGUUAUUUCCUCAAGAGAGUGGACCAAAGGUUCCAGCUUGAGAAGUCCAUGAAGACUCUCCCUUGGGGAUCAGAUGUAGAGGAGAGUGCCAUUAAGCAAGCGAUGAUUGAUGAAUCAGUUCCAUCUGUUCAACCGGAGAUACCUCACCCUGAGGUGUCAUCAUGGUCUUCUCCAAGCUUUGGCCAGGGUGGGAUGAAGCCCUGCCGCCUGCGGUCCUAUGUCAUGUCUUUUGAUUCCGAUACUCUUCAACGACAUGCCACGAUCAGAUCGAAGGAAGCUUUUAGCAUCAUUGAGAAGCACACCGAGGCGCUAUUCGGGAGGCCUGAGAUUGUCAUUACACCCGAGGGAGCCAUUGAUUCGUCAAAGGAUGAACUUAUCAAGAUAAGUUUUGCGGGAUUGAGGAGGCUUAUUUUGGAGGCUGUAACCUUUGGUUCCUUCCUAUGGGAUGUCGAGAGCUAUGUUGAUUCCAGGUAUCAUUUUGUGACUAACUAGUCACCUGUGAUCAGACUUGAAGGAUCGAUAAUGCAAGGAUGUUUAGUAUCUACAAUAACAUCUACAGUUAUUGCCAACGUUGAAGAUCAAAACAGUGGCAACGAGGGCUGUGUAAACUCAGAUCCUUGUAGUUGAGGAUCAUAAACAUUGUACAAAAGUAGGUUCCCUAUAAUUGUUCUUGAUUUCAAAGACUUUUUCUGCGCAAUGGUGUUUUGUGUGAUCUCUGCUUGUAAUUGUAAUAUGAGAUUUUGUUGUGUACUGAAAGCACCUUGUAUCAUUGAUAGAUUCCAUUGCAAGUAGUGCCAAACUUUA